AUGGACUUUUUAAAUCUUAAAAAAUUGGAUAAUAAUACUUAUGAGGGUACAGAAUUAUGGUCUCCAUUUCCUGGCUAUCCUAUUUUUGGAGGACAGCUCGCUGCCCAGUCUUUGUGUGCUGGUUUAUUUACUGUAAAUUUACAAUCCAGUCCUAAUUUUGUUCACUCAAUUUUCUUAAAUCCUGGUGAUCCAUCAUGUCCUGUAGAGUACACUGUUCAGAACAUUAAAGAUGGUAAGACAUUACAGAUGCGAAAUAUUCUGGGAAAACAAAAUGGUAAGUUUUUGGUACAAACAACAAUCUGCUGUACUCUUGGUGACUCUAAAGACCGAGAUUAUAAAAAUAUACAAAUUAUUGAAAAAGAUGUUUUUGUACCAAUAAAUGACUAUAUUCUGCACAAUUUGAGUAAAAGUAAUUAUGAUACUGAGUUAAUAAACAAGCAAUAUAACUUAUUAGUUGAAAAUUUAGGAGUACUAAAUCAUUCAUUUGAAAUAAAAAUAGGUAGAUUUAGAAAUAAUAAAAGACAAAUAAAAAUUAACAUUUUGAAAAAUAAUAUAUCGAAACGUGACUUUUACUUAUUUAUGACUUUGGUGUCAGAUUUACUUAUCGUUGAAUCAGCCCUACUAUCUUUAAAUAUGAAUAUUUUUAGUAAAGAGUUACAUAAAAUAUCGUCUGUGGAUCACAAUUUGUAUUUUGUAACAUCAAAAGUGCCUAAGGACAAAAUUAUCUACUAUAUUUUAGAGUGUAUUAAUAUUCAUGAAAGUAAAGCUAAUAUUGAAGGAAAAAUGUGUACAGAAGAUGGUACACUAAUAUGUAUAACAUCUCAGCAAGCAUUAGUAAGAUUUAAAAAAUAA